AUUCAUUAUUUUAUCAAGAUGGAAGAUGACUAUGUCUAGGAGCUGUUUAAGCUAUUUCGAGAAUCAUAAUCUGUUCAACCACCUAAAAAACCUAUUGGUGCAUAUGAUAGGUUUGUAGGCAAUUAUGAACAAGCGUGCAAAGAAAAAAAUCUAAAUCACAAUUCUGAGUAAGCAAAAAAAUAAUGGGAAAAUUUAGAAAAGGAACUUAGAGAGGGUACAAUUAUCGUAGAUUUUAGAAUAUUAUCGAUUGUCAAAGUAGGAUUAAGAGCUAUAUGAAAAAUUAUUCAGUUUAUAUCAUUCCAUUUCAAUCCUCAUAAAAAAAAAGAAAGCAGAUGGAUCAGUACUAUUUUUUUAAGAAAAAGGAGCAGAUGGAAGUUUAACUAAUCUUUAAUAAUUAUGGGAUGAACUAGGUGCUGAAGAAAAGUAAAUAUAUGGUUAAAGGGCAUAAUAAAAUUAGGAGGACACCAUUAAAGUAUUUUAUAUUUCUUACUUAGGCCGCAAUAGAAGAAUAUAUUACAGAAUACUAAAAUUACUUGAAUCAAUAAAAUGAAAAGCCAUAAGAUUUAUUAUUUGUUCAAAAAAUGGAUGAUGAAUAGGAUGAAAUAGAUUAAAUUGAUAUCAUUAUAGGAAUAAAGCGAACCAACGGAAAGAAAGAAUAUUUGGUAAGGUUUAAGGGCAAAACAGGUAAAGAUGCAAAGUGGUUCCCUAAAAAGAAACUCAGAAAAGUAAAGGAAAUUGUUAAGGAAUUUGAAGAAACCUAUUUUAAACAAUCAUUUUAGGAUAAUGAAUCAAGUAGUGGUUUUGAUUCAACACCUCCUCAACAGAUGUAAUAAGAAGAUGAAAACGGAAAUCAAGGAAAAGAAAUAAAAUAAUCAAAACAAUAAGAAAAUGAGGAAGUGAAAGAAGAAAAGAAAGAGAAAUAGAAAUAAAAGUAGAAGGCUAAGCCCAAAGAGAUUUCAUCAAAAAGAACCUAAAUAAAAUAACAACAGAAUACACAAUAAUAAAAAUCUACUACUCCUUCAAAAGGCAACACUUCUACACCCAGAAUUCCUGAAGUUGAAAUUAGAACAAAUUAAUCCAGAAGAAAUUAAAAAAUAACAGAAAAGGCUAAUUCUACAAAGCCUAAAUUAAACCCAGAAAAAUCAAACAAAAACUAAGAUUAAAAGAUAAAGAACUAAUAAGAUAAAUCACAAGAUGACAGAAAACAGAGAAACAAACAAAUUUCAGUAGAAAAACCUACUAAAUCUUUUAGGGAGACAAAACCUUCUAAAGAGGAUAUAUCAAAAAGAUCUAACAAAAUAACUCAAGAAGAGCCAGUAGGUAAAAGAGUAAAGAAAUAAAUUAAUGAUUAGUCAGAAGAAAAAUCCAAGGUUAAAACAAUUUAGAAAUCAACUUCGGUAGUAGAAAAAUAAAUCAAAUAAUAAAAAGUAUAAAGCAAAGAAGUUGUUAUCACUAAAAGAUCAGGUAGAAGUAGAGAUAACUCAACUACUAAAGCAUAAUAAGUACAAUCAACAAAAGUUAAUGUAAAGAAUGACAAACAAGAAAAAAAGGAUAAUAAAUUAUCUACUAAAAGAAAAUAAGUUGUGCAAAAACAAAGUUUGAAUAACUCAAAUCUUGAAUAGUCCAACAAGAGAAAUAACACUAAAUAAGAAAGUUAAUAAUAACAAUCUAAAAAUAAAUAAUAAUAAUAAAGUGCACUAUCAAAAACAAGAAGUACUAGUGUUAAAUCAAAUAAACAAUAGAGUGAUUAAAAGAAAGAAACAAAACAAAUUACAACCUAAAUUCGUUCUCGAUCAGCAGAUGUCAUCAAAAUUAUUACUCCUAAAAGUAAGGCUAUCAAUAAUGUAAGUAAAAGUUCAACAAGAAGUACUAAAGGAAGUAGAAGUCCAAAGAAGACCUCUUCAAAUACUUCAUAGAAUGAAUCAUUGAAUAAAAGCCAAUAAAAAUAAUAAUAGCAAUGUAACUAAACCUUAGCUAAAAAAACCAAGUAAUAGGUCGAAGUAAAAAAUAAAAGCUCUUUAAAUACUUAAAAAUCUAGCUCAGAUGCUAUCUCAAAAAAGAGGGAAGUGCGUGGAAAAGCAAUAAUCAUGAGCCCUAUGAAAGUUAACAAAAAAAUAUCAAAAAACAACAUAAAUAAUAAAGGGAAAUAAAAAAAUAAAAUAAGAGAAUAAUAAAGAAAUAAGGAAUAAGAAAGCUAAAAAAAUGCUGUAAAAAGUAGUAAAGCCAUUUCUAUGGUUACUGCCAGAUAAACUAGGAGUAAAAAAUCUAAGGAUGUAGGAAAAAGAAAGCACUGAAUGUUGAC